AUGGACAUAGAAGAGCUGCCUGGUUCGGUCGGGAACAUGAAGCAUUCGAAAGCCCUUGCGCUUCAGAAAAGGACGGCGACUCCUCCGUCCGGAUAUGAUCACGAGGUGUUCUUGAGCUUCAGAGGCCCAGACACCCGAGUAGACAUCACCGACUUCCUCUACACGAGCCUGAUCGACGCAAGGAUCCGUGCCUACAAAGACGACAGAGAUCUCCGAUUCGGGGAAGAGAUGGGCCCGGAGCUCGUGCACGCGAUUCACCAGUCAAAGAUCUCCAUACCCAUCUUCUUGAGAGGCUAUGCCUCUAGUAGGUGGUGUCUACAGGAGUUGGUCUACAUGGUGAAGUGCAAGAAGACUCGGGGGCAGAUCAUCAUGCUCAUUUUCUAUGAUGUGACCCCUCGGGAGGUCCGACUGCAAACCGGGGUCUAUGGAAUGGCCUUGUCUUCGCACGAAACCAAGAAGCGGUAUGGGGAUGAGACUAUCCGAUAG